AUGCAAGGUAAGAAUAUUGAUGUAUUUUUGAAUUGUAAAGAAAUUUUUUGUUGUUUAUGGGUUGUAAAGAAAGUUUUUGCUAUUUUACGUUUUUUAAAGAAAACUACCGCUAUUUGUAAUGUUGUAAAGAGAGUUCUUGCAAUCCUUUGUCUUGUAAACAAAGUUUUCGCUAUUUUUUUAAAGGAAUUUCUUGCCAUUUCAUGUUUUCCAAAGCAGUUUCUUAUCAUUCUCUGUCUUGUAAAGAAAGUUCUUGCCAUUUUAUGAUUUAAUUAUUUGUUCAAAUUAAAAAAAUAUUUUUAGAAAACCAAGCAGCCCUGGAGUUUUUUGACCGAGUCCGAAAGAUCGACCCAUAUAGAAUCGACCAAAUGAACUUGUAUUCAAACGCUUUGUUCAUCAGAGAUGAAGAAUUGAAACUAACCGAAUUGGCCGACUUUUUCGACACAAGUCAUCGAUUUACAUGGGAGAAUUGCAUUAUUUUAGGUAAGAAUCUGUUUUUUGUUAUGAUAAGGCAAUUAUUAACUCCGUAUUUUACUAAAAGAAAGUCUUAAUGGUUUCUGGAGUUGGUACGUUGCUACAGAUUGUUCUACGGAAGGGGAGGAGUGAAAGCAAAAAAAAGUUUGUUUGCCUAAAGUUGGCUGCUGAAUUAGUAGCUUUACGUAUUCGUUAUAAGUUAAACCGUAUUUUACAAAAAAAUUUUUUGUCAUUUUACUUAAAACAGAGUCUAAAAAGCUUUAAAUUUUAAAAAUUUUUUGUUUUAUCAUAAAUUUUUAAUUCUUCAGCCAACUACUACAGUAUACGGAAAAUGCACGAUAAAGCGAUAGAAUUCUUGAGGAGAGCGAUACGAUUACGACCAGAAGAUUCACAAACCUUUAUUUUGUUGGGUCAAGAACUGCUUCAAACCAAGGACCAUCAGGCUGCCACAUUGGCUUAUCGACAGGCUAUUGGUAAGGUUUUUAGGCUUUAAUUCAGGGUAUUUGGAUGUUAUCUAUGACUGAGAAUUCACUUUUUGAUACUUUAGUACAAGGUCUUUUAAAGUUUUCGAGUGAAAAUCAGUUUUUGAGUAUGGUACUAUAUAGUACGGCACUUGGAAAUUGAAAAAUUUGUUUUACAGAGUUCUGUAACUUUAAUUUUAUAGUCGUUUUAAGGCUUAAAAUGACUAAAAAAUGUUUAUUUUAAUACCUAUUUUUCAUUUUGGUACCCCAUUUCCAGCACUAGACCAAAAAUCCUUUCGCGCAUGGUACUGUCUAGGACAACUCUACGAGAUUCUCAAAUUGCCAGCUUAUGCACUAUAUUAUUAUCAACAGGCGGUCAGAUGUAAACCGACCGAUUCGAGAAUGUUGAUCGCCACCGGAGUCAUGUUGGUAUCGCUGAAGAGGUACGAAGACGCGGAGAAAUGCUUCAAAAAAGCAUUCCAAAUUGGAGAUGUCGAGGGAAAUGCUCUGACUGAAUUGGGAAGGUAAGGACUUUGUUUAGAAACCAGUUUAUGGCAAGAACUUUCUUUACAAAACAAAAAAUGGCAAAGACUUGCUAUACAAGACGUAAAAUAGCAAGAACUUUGUUUACAAAUUAUAAACUGGCAAGAACUUUCUUUAAAAAACAUAAAAUGGCAAGAACUUUGUUUACAAAACAUAAGUUGGCAAGAACUUUCUUUACAAAGUAAAAAAUGGCAAAGACUUGCUAUACAAGACGUAAAAUAGCAAGAACUUUCUUUACAAAUUAUAAACUGGCAAGAGCUUUCUUUACAAAACAAAUCAUAGCAAGAACUUUCUUUACGCUAUGAAAAACGUUUUUUACGCUAUAUUUUGUGAUAUAAUGAUGUUUUUCAGCCUAUAUCAACUAAUAAAACGUUACGAUCAAGCAGCUAGAGCCUACGAAUACUUUUUAAAAUUAUAUUGUGAUGAAACUAAGGAUGUGUCGGUAAGUUUUGGUCGUAUGCUGACCUCUUUUUUCAUUUUGGUCAAAUUUUUUGAUUUAUCUAGUAUAAUAUACAAGUUUAUGGGUCUUUUCAAGGUUUUAUUUAUCACAAUAUAUUGGUUUAGUGCAUUUUUGGUUUAUUUAAAUUUUUUUUUAUUUUGGUACCUACUUUUAUAUCCAGAUAUGCCUAAAAUUUCACUUUUUCUUGAAAAACUUAUUCUUGAAAAACGACUACUUUUGACACUAUUUUUAAAAUUAUUAAUUAAAAAGCACUAUAUAAUGCAUUCUAUUCAGUACGGCGACGAAGACACGAUAGCAUCGGUAUGCAAAUUCCUCUCCGAAUACUACUUCAAACGGGACGAACUUCAAAAAGCCUACGAAUACUCACAUCGAUGCUUGCACUUUGACAAAACCAAAGAACAUGCCGCUCAAAUGUUGAGGAAUCUGAAGAUCGAACGAGCCAAAGAACCGGAAAAGGAGCCGGAACGAGCGCCGGUUGAUAUGAGCAUGUCCAUCAACUCCAUGAUGCAGUCGUUCGUGCAUCAGAGCACGCCGGCUGCUGCGCAUACGUCAAGGUAAUGAUGGUAGUGGGCUAGAUGUAGACCUGAAAGGGGAUUACUAGGCCCGGUUUCGUGCUGGGGUGGGUCGAAGAAUAUUUGAAAGGGUCGGGUCUGUAUAUUUAGGCUCGAGGUCUGGGUAUCACCUAAGGCUUGCAUUGGAGUUGGGCUGAAGAAUUGGGAUCUGCUUUGAGUUGGGCAGAUGAAUUGGCUUGGGCGUCUUAAUUUAAAUGUUUUUGACUAAUAUUAAACUUUCUAGAGUCCACGUCUUCAACGACACCAUCUCCCUCGACCAGACCAUCAACAACCGCCCCACCUCACAACAACAAGCUCAAGAAGAGGACAAUGCGGACGAAGUGAGCAUGGAAGACGCCGACGAAUCGGAACAAGUCUCUUUUUAA